UCAGCGGGGAGGUCUUGGGGGGUCCUGGGGGGCUCCCAGCUGGGCGCAGGGCCACAGAUGGCCGUGAUGUCACCGCCCGCUGUCACUCAAGCGGGGGCGGAGCCACGGGCUGGCCAAUCAGCGGCGACGCUGGAGGCCACAUGGGGGCGGGGCGGGUGCAGGCGGCAGGCUGGGCCUCUUGGGGACCCCGAGAUCCGAGAUCCGCCGCACCCCCACCCAGACCGGCCGCAGACCGCUUGCCGCAGGGGCCGCAUUUGCCGCGGAGUGUAGCAGCGACCCAGACAUGGAUUCCCUGGCCUUUGAGGAUGUGGCUGUGAGCUUCACUGUGGAAGAGUGGGCUCUGCUAAAUGCAUCACAGAAGAAACUCUACAGAGAAGUGAUGCGGGAGACCUUGAAGAACCUGGCCUCCAUAGGGGAAAAAAGGGAAGACCAUAACAUUGAAGAUCAGUACAUAAACCAAGGAAGAAUUCUAAGAAGUUUUAUGGUAGAGACAGUCUGUGAAGGGGAAGAAGAUUGUCAACAUGGAGAAAACUAUACUCAUCCAAAUCUUAAUCAGAACAAGAAGACUGCUGCUGAAGUCAACCCAUGGAACUGCACCGAGUGUGGAAAAAGGUUUGUGAGUCAUUCCUCUCUUAAUAGGCACAUCAAAUCUCACACCACACCCAGACUACUCAAGUAUCAGGGAUGUAGAAAAAAGCCUUAUACAUGUACGGAGUGCGGAAGAGCCUUUAGCUAUCUCCAGCCCUUUCAAAAACACGAAAGAAGCCACAGCGCGGUGAAGUCCUACAAGUGCAAGGAAUGUGGGAAGUCCUCUCGCUAUCGCCAAUCUGUCCGCAAACACCAACGGACUCACACUGGAGAAAAGCCCUAUCAGUGUAAGCAGUGUGGCAAGGCCUUUCAAUACCGACAGACCUUCCAAACCCACGAAAGGACUCACACAGGAGAGAAACCAUACGAAUGUAAGCUUUGUGGGAAAGCCCUCAGUUGUCCUAGCUCCUUUCGCAGUCAUGAGAGGACCCAUACUGGGGAGAAACCGUAUGAAUGUAAAAAGUGUGGGAAAGCCUUUAGUUGUCCCAGUUCGGUCCGAAAACAUGAACGGACUCACACAGGAGAGAAACCCUAUGACUGCAAGCAGUGUGGGAAAGCCUUCAUUUCUCUCGGCAGUUUCCAAAGGCACAUGAUCACACACACUGGAAUCGGACCGUAUAAAUGUAAGGACUGUGGGAAAGCCUUCAACUGUCCCAGUUCUUAUCGGAUCCACGAAAGAUCUCACACCGGGGAGAAACCUUACGAGUGUCAACAGUGUGGGAAAGCCUUCAGUUGUUCCAGUUCCUUUCAAACCCACGAAAGGACACACACUGGAGAGAAGCCCUAUAAAUGCAGUGAAUGUGGGAAAGCCUUCCACUGGCUCACAACUUUCCAAGUGCAUGUGAGGACCCACACUGGGGAAAACCCUUAUGUCUGUAAGCUCUGUGGGAAAGCCCUCAGCUGCCCCACUUCCUUUCGGAGACACGAAAAGACACACACGGCGGAGAAACCUUAUGAGUGUAAGCAGUGUCGGAAAACCUUCAGUUCUCCUCUUGGCCUGCAGAUCCAUGGGCGAACCCACACUGGCGAGAAGCCCUUUGAGUGUAAAGAAUGCGGGAAGGCCUUCAUCUCUCUCACAAGCUUCCGGAGACAUAUGAUGACACACACUGGAGACGGGCCUUACAAAUGUAAGGAGUGCGGGAAGGCCUUCAACUGCCCUUGUUCGUUUCAGAUACAUGAGCGAACACAUACCGGAGAGAAGCCCUAUGAAUGCAAAAUCUGUCGGAAAGCCUUCAGCUGUUCCAGUUACGUUCAAGUGCACGAAAGGACACACACAGGGGAGAAGCCCUAUAAGUGCAAGGACUGUGGAAAAGCCUUCAUUUACCGCACUACCUUCCGAGGACACAUGAGAGUCCACACGGGAGAGAAACCCUGUAAGUGUAAUGCAUGUGGGAAAGCGUUUAGUCGGCCCAGUUCCUGUCGCAGCCAUGAGAGAAUUCACACUGGAGAGAAGCUACUGGAAUGUAAGCACUGCGGGAAACACUUCAACUGGCCCACGUCCUUGCACAAGCAUGUGACAAGAAUACACUCUCGAUAGGCCAAAUUUAACUAUAAAAUUGGAGCAAGUUUUUACUUUGGCAAGUCUUUUCACAGUCAUGGGAAAGCCCCACUGGAGAGGGGAGUACUAUAUACAUGUAAGUAGUAGGGAAAAGCCUAACAUAACUCAGUUCACCUUAGAUGUUUCACACUAAGCAGUAGAUGUUUUUGUUAAGGUUUAUCAGAUGUAUCUUUAUUUUUAUGAGAAAAAGACCAGAGCACUGCUCAGCUCUAGACAGAGCUGGUGAUUGAACCUAAGCCUUAGGCAUGCAAGUCCUAUGCUCUAAAAGAAAUGGUUUUAUUGUCUUUCAUUAACCAUUCAGAGUACAACUCAAUCUUUAGAUUGUAGAUUCUACUCAUUCUUCUUGUAGAUAGGCAUCAAGACAAGGCAGUUCUAAGUACCCUCUGAAAGUAGGACUGAGGCCGAAUACUUAGUCUCCAAAACUACCUGUGACGUUUUUGUGUUUACACUUUGAAAUCUGUUGGGUCCAUGAGUGAGUCAUACUUAUACUCAAGACUUGGUCUUUAUAUAAUUUUUAAACUCUUCUGUAAGUUAAGUGACCGUUGAAUAGUAACUGUAGGAGUUGUCCUAAUGGUCUUAGGUGGCCAAUACUGAAUGUUCCUUGCCCAUGUUAAGUGAGGCCUUUUUGAUAUAAGGAAAACUUUUUCUUAGAUCAGAAGAGCCUUGGUCCUUUUUCCUUGUUAUUAGAGUUGACAUAAGUUUGUAAGUUGACCAAGUUGAGCAGUGACUAUAGAAUGGAUCAUGUGAUAUACUCUUAAUGUCCCCCACCAAUCUUUCCCACUCCUUCCUGUGGUGUGGUUCACAAAUAUUUUAUACUAAGGGACCUGUGACAGAACAGAUUAUAGAAUUCAGAAUUCAAGGGAGCUCUCCUGGUAGAAGAUCUACCACAGGUUGGAGCUUUCGGUAAGCCCGAAACGUCAAUAAAUCUAGACUCUUGAGAUGAAGACGUUCUCAAGAGCUCCUCCCCCUCUUCCGUCAGUGUAUUUGUAUGUCGAAUCUAGGCAGUGAGCACCGUGUUCUGUGAGUACUCCUUGUGACUUGUGUGGUCUUGAAUCCAGUCAGGAACUGGAAGUUCCUGGCAGAACUGAAAGUCAGUUCAGAUCCCUACUUAAGGUGUAGGGAGACACCCCCCACCCCAGUCCCAAGUCAGUCCUUUCCGUAAGAAUCUAUACUCUCCAGAUUCUCCCAGCUAAAUAUAACUCCUAGUACAUCCUAUUUACAUUUGAUUGUGAGCUAGAAGUUGUUGUUGUUGUUGUUGCUGUUUGGUCCCCCAGGCUUCACUGAUCUGGGAUGACACUUUUAAAUAGAGAGACAGUAUAACAGAAAAACAUCACACAGCACUGAAGUUUUCUCUCAUGCAAUGGAGGUGGGACUCUAACCCGGGCUACCAGUAUGGCAGAGUAGGUGCACUACCCAGGUGAGCUCUUCUGCUGAUUGGACCUUUCUUUCUUGGUCAUGGAAGUGCUUCUUAGGGAUCUUUUAUUGGGGAAGGGGGGCUGGGAAAUAGUUCACCUAAUGGAGUUCACAGACAUGCUACCAUUGAGGAGGACCUGGGCUUAAGCAGCACCAAAGAGGUUCCACAGACUGUGGAAUAGUGGGUAAUGCCUCUCCCCUCUCUCACCCUCUAUCAGAAAGAAAAAGGAUGAAAAGUUAGCUCAGGGUGCUGGAAAUGUGCAUGCCUAAGGCCCUAGAGCAGAAAACUGAUUUAAAAAACAACUUUUUUGGUGGGGGUAGAUGGUAUAAUGGUUAUGCAAAGAAACUAUCACUCCUGAGGCUCCAAAGUCCCAGGUUCGAUCCCUCCCGCACCACCAUAAGCCAGAGCUGAGCAGUGCUCUGGUAGGAAAGGAAAAAAAAAAAUUUUUUUUAAAGAAACUUUUUAUUAACAGUUACAACUGGGACUCUAACCUGUCUCCCACCUCCCCUGCCCACCCCACCCCCCCACCCUCUUACCAAAGCACUGAUCAGCUCUGGCUUAUGGUGGUGCGGAGAAUUGAAAAUGAGAAUUUGGAACCUCAGGAAUGAGAGCCUCUUUGUAGAACCAUUAUGCUCUCUCUCCCCGCCCAAACUUCUGUCUCUCUUCCUUAUAGGAUGUUUGUAAAAACAGACAUACCAUUGUGCUUGUGUGUAACUGUUGAGUCUACCCUUAUACCUUUUGAGACAAUAUGACCAGAAAUGUGGUAUGGUUUCCCCCUUGAGUAUAUCUGAUUAUUUCUUUUUUUUGUGUGUGUGUGUGUGUGUGUGUGUGUGCGCGGGCGGUCAUGAGACUGGCUGAUCACUCAUCCUAUUAAAGAAUUAAAAACUGAA